AUGGGAAAGCUGGGCACUGCACAGCUGGAACUGACAACCCCUGUCCCGAAGAGCUCACAUGUCAGCGGCGUGACUGGGGAUAACAGAUGGGUCGAGAUGGGAGAUGAUGAAAACACAAAAACAUCCUCCUCUGCUUCGAGGUUUGUCCGCAAAGCUAGCAGCGGGAGGCUCGGCGGGAGCGCGGUGUGCAGCCCCAGCGGGCCGGGGGCUCCGGGGCCGGGAUGGCUGCGGGCGCCCCGCUCCUGCCGCGGGCAUUUCGGCAGCGUUAGCGGCGCUUCCUCUGGGGGCAACCUCGUGUUGUCAUACCCCGCUUGGACCCUGCGAGUGCUUUCCGGAUGCCCACCGGGGUGUUGCUGUCGCGGUUCCCGCUCUACCGGGAAUGAAUCAAAAGUGAAGUGGAGCCGCGAGUUAGGCCUGGAUGAUUGCCUGCAGCAGUAUGUCCAUAAAUUUGAACGGGAGAAGAUAAAUGGUGAACAGCUGUUACAGAUUUCUCACCAGGACCUCGAAGACUUGGGUAUCUCACGGAUUGGGCACCAGGAACUGGUUCUAGAGGCUGUGGAUCUCCUGUGUGCACUGAACUAUGGCCUUGAAACAGACAAUAUGAAGAACCUGGUUCUCAAGCUGCGAGGGUCAUCCAACAAUCUGCAAAACUACAUCAGCAGCCGUAGGAAAAGUUCAAGUUAUGAUGGAAAUACCUCUCGCAAGCCCCCCAAUGAAUUCCUUACUUCUGUUGUAGAGCUUAUUGGUGCUGCUAAAGCCUUGCUUGCCUGGUUGGACAGGACCCCAUUUACAGGUAUUGCUGACUUUUCAUCAAUGAAGAACAGAAUCAUUCAGCUCUGCUUGGACCUCACUACUACUGUUCAAAAGGAUUGCACUGUGGCUGACAUGGAAGAUAAAGUCCAGACUGUGGCCAAGACUUUAAAUGGUAUUUGUGAUAAAGCCAUCCGAUCAACUACAGACCCCCUGAUGAGCCAGUGUGCGUGUCUGGAGGAAGUCCAUUUAACCAACAUUAAACCUGGGGAGGGCCUGGGAAUGUACAUCAAAUCAACUUACGAUGGAUUGCAUGUAAUUACUGGAACUACAGAAAAUUCCCCUGCUGAUCGCUCCCAGAAGAUUCACGCUGGUGAUGAAGUGAUCCAGGUUAAUCGGCAAACUGUGGUUGGAUGGCAACUAAAAAAUCUGGUAGCCAAGCUGCGAGAGAAUCCUGCUGGAGUUAGGCUGCUGCUUAAGAAACGCCCUACUGGCUCUUUUCAUUUCACUCCGGCUCCGCUGAAGAACCUGCGCUGGAAACCACCCUUGGUGCAGACCAGCCCUCCACCAGCUUCAGCUCAGUCACCAGAAGGCACGGUGGAUACCUCACUGAAGAAAGAGAAGCCAGCCAUUUUGGAUCUGUACAUACCCCCUCCACCAGCUGUGCCGUACUCUCCUCGAGAUGAAAAGGGGAGCUUUGUGUAUGGAGGAGGCAACAAACGCAGCCAGCCACUACCUGGGUCCAAGGGCGCCGAGUCUCCCAAUUCUUUUCUGGAUCAGGAGAGCCGAAGACGAAGGUUUACCAUUGCUGAUUCAGAUCAGCUGCCUGGGUAUCCCGUGGAAGUAAACAUCCUGCCAGCCAAGAUGAGAGAAAAAACACAGUCCUAUGGAAAACCUCGUCCUUUGUCAAUGCCUGCUGAUGGAAGCUGGAUAGGAGCUGCAGAGCCCUUCUCUAGGCCACGAGGAUCAGGGAGAAAAGGUGAAGAUGUCCUCUGCAGGUACUUCAGCAAUGAAAGGAUACCCCCAAUCAUUGAGGAAAGCCCUUCCACGCAGCACCCGCUCUCCAGGCCAGUGUCUGACAAGCACUUAGUGAGGGGAACGGAUUAUAUUCGAGGCAGCAGGUGUUUUAUGAAUACAGACCUCCACAACAGUGCAACAAUUCCAUUUCAAGAGGAAGGUGCUAAAAAACCAUCGGUUACAUCAUCCACAAAAUCCUCCUCGGCAGAGCCCUCGCUGCUGGUCAAUUGGAUCACGAGACUGAAAUUGUUGACUCACUGACUUGUCCACAGCGCUGUUCCCAAGUGCCUUUGCUCGUUGGUCAUUCUGCUCUACCUUGCAGCUGAACUGAUACACAGUGACUAAUGUGUUAGUCUUUUCCUGGAGAAUCUUACCCUUUUGCCUUUUUGUGUCAUUUUUGAUGGAUCGGGGUGGUUUCAUAGUGCAAGGAGGGAAGAAAGAUAAAGAUCAGGUUCCUCUUCCUGGCCAAAAACUGAAGGCAUUUAUUCCUGUGGAAAUGAGUAAAAUUUCAGUGAGGUAGAGGCCACACAUGACCUGGAAAAUGCUUAAUGACUCAGAGGAAAGCAUUGCGUUACUGUGAAGUCCCGUGGCACUUUAGUUGUCUGAAUGCUCAGAGGCUGGUGCAACUGGCAGGGUGUCAGAGUAUGCAGAGCUCACAGAAGCUGUCACUCUCCUGAGUGGGAAAAUAAGGAGGAAAACAGCAGUUUCAUGCAACUUGGUGAUGCUAUUUCAAGUAUUGUGUGAGAUCAACCUUGUGAGGAAGAAGUGUUACCAUUCUUUCUCUGAUAUCCAGAGUUCCUAUGAAGUCUUAGGAAGAGAGUUCUCUUAUUCAGAGAUUUUAGGAAGUUGGACUAAUUUAAUUAUAAACCAAUCCAACCUUAUAUAUAUAAUCUAUUUUAUUGAAAUCACAGUACAAAUAUGGAGCACUGAACAGCUGCAGUGCUCAUCUGUAAAGGUAUAUGGAUUGCUACAACAUGCCAAGGAAAUGCAUCUGUAAGAGGUGGUGAAAGAAUAUAUAGUUUUUCCUUAAUUGUUUAAGAAUGACUUGCUGUUAACCAAAGUAACCUGUUCAAGACAGUCCUGUUGGACUCAUGAGAACUUUUACAGUGGUUCAGUUUUUGAAUGAUGUGUUGUUUUUAUGAAAAAUAUGUGCUAUCAUACACUACAAUUGUAAGACGUCUUGCUAUUUUCUAUAUAGCUCUAAUUUUCACCCCUCCAGAAUUUUAAACUAGCAUUGGGUAUUUUGGGAGGAAAAUAAAACUUGCUUAACAAAAGAGGAGGAUAUUAAAGAGGUAUUGUUUAAGAAGGAAUGUACAUAAGAUUGUUAGUGUGCAAACAGUUGUGUUUAAAGUUAUUUAAAUGUUAAAUAUAGUUGUAUAUAUUUUUACAUUUAAACGGAUAGAGUUUGUACCUUCCUGUAUUGAGGUAUUUGGCACAGCUUAGUCAAAUGAAAAGAAAAUAAGAUUUUGUAUUACCUUCUAAUUAUAAGACUAACUAUUUUUGUAGAUGAUACAUUGCCAACAGCCUCUACUCCUUUGGUCUUGCUGAAAAGAAGGAUUUAUAUUCAGUAAUUGGUGGGGAAAGAGGGAAGUUAAAUGCCAGUUUGCACUUAGGGGCAGUAAUCACAUGUGAUAACAGGAUGUUAAACACACACUAAUUCUGUCUGUGAAGAUGUCACUGUUCUACUGCAGCGAGCUGAUGAAGUUGUGCUACAGCCCAGCAGAGACUGACAGGGUAUUUCAUUCACUUCUCAAUUAAUUAAAUUUGACUGAGACUCACUAAUGACUGGAGAGGCUGGUUUGGACCUUUCUGAUCAAAGCAGAUAUGUCUGUCUUCUGCCACUCUCCACUCUCUGCGAUGGCAGUCUGUAUAAGAGACUGCUGUGUACUGCUGUGUUGAAGGCUCUGUGGUGUAGUAUAGUGCAGCCUUCAAAGGGCUGAACUGUUCUAAAGGUGUUGUCUAAACAAGGCUUUUAAAAUGGAAAUUCUGCUCAUCUUCAAUGUCGUGUUUUCUGUGCUUUAAAAAUGAAUGGAGACCAUCAUACUUAACCUCUUAUUGUAUAUAAUGAAUACAGAGGAUGCUCUACAGCUUAGGGGUAAAAAAAGUCCCACAGAUCUAGGAGUAAAUCACAGCUGAUAUCUUUCUGGCUUAACCUGCAGAAAAUUCUGCUAUUAUGCAGAAACUUGGCUCAUCUCUUAAUGUUGAUGGUACGUGUAUCUAUCAGAUGAAAAACUAUCUAGGCUGCCUUCGUAAUGAGUACCAUGUAUGUUUCCAGAUACCCUGCCAUGGUGCAGUACUCCACAAUACUCUGAAUACACUGUCAUGGUGGCAAAACAGUGCAGUUCAUUAGUAAAGAUCAUUAACCCCAGAAAAAUGGAAAAUAAUAUUUAGUACUCAUGCAUAUAUGUAUUGUGAGGUUCAUGCACUUUUGAAAUAUUGAGCAGGCUUCUGUUGUAGUCUGUAGAAUAUGUAAAAACCAAUGCCUUUGCUUUCUCUUACAUAACUAUUGCAAAAAAAAAAAAAAGUCCGAUUUUGGAUGGUAAUGUGGGAGAGGAAAUAAGACAUAAAAAUGAACACUGAUGGCUUGUAGAGACAGAGUGCAGGGCAAUUCUCCAAGCCAUGUGUUUCCUCUAGUAUUAUGGACAAUUAAAUUAAUCACUUUGAAUUCUGGAUGACCAACAGAGGUGGACACAGUACUGAGAGUAUUACAAUAAUUUUGUGCUAAUGAGCCGAUAACUUAUCGGUCCUCAUAAGCAGGGCUUCUUUUGAAAACAACAUGCUCACUGAACAGAAAGGAGAGAAAGUAAAAAUCCAAAACUUUACCAAACCAGGAAACAGAUGGUGAAAACUAGCUUUGCAGUUGGAGUGGAUAAAGAAUUUUCUUCUUGCAUAAAUGUUUCUUUAGUCCAGAUCUUGCAUCCUGUUUUAUUACACUGCUACCAGGUAGUCUUCACAAACUGCUCUAUUCCCACAAUCACAUCCUGAAUAGACCAAUUUAAACCCCUCAUCAGGCUUGAACUUAGAUCUUGAUGAAUUCAGCUCAAGCCUUUUUAUUGCAGGUUUUACUUCCCUGGGAGCUUUCCUGUGUUCAUCAUUCAGUUUUUGGAAUAUUUUACACAUGAUUCAGGCAGAAAGGCUUUCCUGCACAUGCAUUCUCAGAAAUGCCUUUGCCAGCAGGAUUGGUAUCUUGGAGGAGUGUGAAUGUUGGCUUCUGCUUGUGUUUUCUGCACUAAAAUAUUCAUCCCCCAAUUUCCACCAUACAUCCUAGUGCACAAUCUCUAAGUGUUGAGACAGAAAUGCCCAUGGUCAAUUGGAAAGAAGUGGUGUGUCCUUUGGAGUAACCUUUGUCCUGCUGUACAGCUGUGGCUUCUUCUCUGUAGCCUGAGCUUUACUUUGCACAUGCUGUGGUUAUGCAGCACGUGCUCUUUAUGGCUGUCACAGGAAUGCUUUUGUCUCCUUGCAGGCUUUAAGGUUUUUAUAGUGGAUAAGAGCUCUUGAAGAAGCCACUGAUUAACUCAGCAUAUUCUGUGAUUCACUUAAGAUGUGGAAAGAGCGCUCCAAAAAACCUCUGUUUGGAGAAUGAAAAAAGAGGGAUCAGGCUAAGCUAAAUGUAUGGGUCUGUGUUGAGUUGAAUGCUGCUUCACUAGUGUGGCAGUAACUCUGCAAAGAAGACACCUCAUACCACUGCAGCAUGCACAUUUGUUUUUAGCCCUACAUUUGUAGUAUAUUUGCUAGAAUAAUAUGAAACAAGGGCAGUCUUUCAAAGCAGUUAUAUACAGUUCCACACACCACACUUGGGCUGUAAGAUGUAUGACAAAAGCAGUCAAGAGCUGCUGUCAGUGUGUAAUUUCAUCAAAUUCUGCUGCCUGUGCUGCUGCCGUCUCAGUUUAAAAUAGUAACCUCUCUUUAUCCUGUUGCCUGCACAGUGCAAGUCCCUAACCAUCAAUUUUGUCUUCCUUUGUGAUAGUUAGCAACUGCUGGUAAGAUUGUGUCAUUUCCACAGGUCCUUGUGCAGUGGUCUAAAAGCUUAGUUUGGGUUAUUCUGGACUUUGUCCAAAAGUAGAAAGUCAAAUUUAAAAACAGUAUUACUGUUCCAACAUCACUUAGAGUUGGGAUUUUUUUUUUUAUACAUACUAAAUAAGAAACAGGCAGGAGUUGUCUGUUGCACAUACUUUGCCACUGGAAGAAAAAAUGAGGAUUACAUACUCAGUGGAGGAAAAAACCCUAGACUUUUGGGAGUCCUCCAGUUCCUGCCAGUGGGAGAAAUGUGUUUGUUUUAGCAUGACAUAGAAUAGAUGUAAACAUUUCUUUUUAAACCUCCCUGUGUGGUCACCUCAGUUAUUCAGGAUGAUGUAAGCCACUGACUUUCUCCCUUAAGUAGUUAUGGAGUUACUUAAUAUAUUUUUUUGGGAGAGGGGAAAGAUAUCUUAGGAAAUUACAUGAUUGAUUAACAGGUUAAUGGAGGCAGAAUAAUUAAGCAUAAAAUAAGUGCUAGAGAGUGCCAAGUUUUUAUGAUUGUGGUUUGUGUUUGUUCUCUGGGGAGGGUGAAUGUUCUCUAUGCCAGACAGCUGCCAAGGAAUUGGAGGACAAGAAGUCAAAUUUGCUGUGCCAUCUUCAUCUGAGAGGGGUACUUGCUUGGGCUUUUUUGGUUUGUUGGUUGGUUGUUUCUGACACCCUCCUUGGUCAGUGUAGCCCUUUUUCAGUGCAGCCAGAGUAGGAACUGUUGAAAUGUACCUGUGGAGCAAACCUGACAAGAUCCUGAUGGAUCACUGGGCUGUGCUCACUGAUGGUGCUCAGCCACCACGUGUUUAGAUGUGUUCUGGGAGUGCCUUUGCAGGUGAGGAGCCUCAGACCCUUGUGACCUUCUCUUAGAGGCUUUUUUGUCUGGGCAAUAUUUACUGAGAGGCAUAAAAUAUGCCAUAGUCUAAACUGAUGUUUAAUGUUUUGACCUUGUAUUUAAUUUUUUUUUCCCAAGUAAUUGCAUGCUUCUCAGUGCUACUUAUUAAUGUUUUCCUCUUUCAUCCCCCAUUAGCUGUUUUCAGUACCAAUGUUUCUAAUGAAAUCCUCCCAUAUUUCCAGUGAAAUUGUUCAUAAUGCCAAGUAGUUACAAAUGAGCCAUAAAAUUUUAAUCUGUAAACCAUAAAAGAACCCCAACCAUACAAAACUCCAUUAGCAAAACACAAGAAAAAACCUCUUUUUAUACCUUGUGAAUAACAGCUUUGUGAAUGAUAAUGAAUAAUAAUGAAACUAAGGAUUUUCAUCCAGGCAAAGGAUCAGCCAGACUUGAGUGGCUGCACCUUGGGUGAUUUGCUUGAUUUUAUUACAUGACAGUAGAAAGUGAGGGCUGUAAUUCAGGUACUGUAGAUUCUUGCAGAGCAACUGUGGUGUUUAAAUGUGUCUCCACAGAACAUGACCAAAGGCUUUCUCAGGUGUAACACAGUUUUAGCUGAAACUCUUUCCCAUGUCACUGAAUGUCCCAUUGAACAUGCAGAAGUCUUAAUAUUGUCUGGCAUAGUUCUUGACCACUGGUUUCUGGGGGGAAGUUGGUAUAAGUUCUGUAAGUGGGUGGGAUGAGACCAAAAUAAAUGAUGUCCUAAAUUAAUUAUUUCCCUUUUCCUAUGUCCUUCCUCUCUGACCUUUUCCUUCCUACAUUAAAGCUAAGGGACUCUCCAAGAAUUUAUUUCUCAAACAAACAGCUAAAAAGUCUUUAUAGUGUAAUCAGUUUGUUUUGAUGUCUGUGACAGUUUUGACCAGUGGCUUCCAACAAAAAUAGUGCUGCCCACAAGACAGCAUUUCCAAGUUCUUGAUUCGUAUGUGAAUUCCUCUCUGCUUAGUAAGCUGUUGGCUUAGACUCUGCUUUGAAGUUGCUUAGACCACCCCAAGCAGUCCUUGGUCCUUUAGGUCCAGAGACAUCGGCUUCUUAUCACUGGAUAGGAAGAAAUGUCUGGUUUUCCCCUCUUUCAGAGUUUUGUAAUGCUGGAUUCAUAAGUUGCUAUUGGAGAGAUGGGUGUGGACCUCCUGCCCUUCCCUGCCUGCCCUCCCCUGCUGUCUGUGCAGUGACUGUGUGGGACAAGAAGGUGAGGGGAAACCCAUCAGCUAAAGCAGCAGCCCCUCUCUUCCCUCCCUUAUGCUCAAGACAUGAGUGACAGGCCUCCGAAUAAAAGUCUAAUGGGACAAGAUCCGUGAUUUGCAGAGUUUGUUUUCCUGUGGAAGUGUGGGAACAUUGUGGAGGGAUGAUGUGUCACACAGUGUUAGCGCAGAGGUGAUGUGAGUGAGCUGUUAUC